AUGUUGCAAAAUAUGAGCAAGCUUUCAACAGUGUUCAUGUACUACGUUGGAUCUGUUACACUGCUUCUCGCGUUUUCCAUCUUUCGCCUAUUGAAACUUUUUCCGUUUGCGCAGCCGAUUGUCUAUGAACUGUUUAACAAGAUGGCGACGAUUAAACUGCGUCGUGAAGACUUCGCGCACACGCUUUUCACUCGACCAAUGUUCGAGUCAAUGCGUUCCUCGAUCUUACUGGAGCUUCAGAAAAGGGCGCAAGUAGGAAACCUGGCCCCAGACUCUCUCGUGCUUUCCGUCGAUGGCAAGUCGAGCUAUCAACUGUUAGACUUUUGCAAGGGAAACCGUCCACUGGUGAUCAACUUUUGCAGCUGGACCUGUCCAGUUUUUCGAGCAAGAGUGGGAGAAUACCUCAGCGUUGUGCGAGAGUUUAGUGACGUGGCUGAUUUUCUGACGGUGUACAUUGAGGAGGCUCAUCCCAGCGAUGCUUGGGCAUUUGAGGUGCGGACUGUUUUUUGCCUUUUUCAUGCAUACUGUAAAGUGAUUUUAGGGUAAAUAUCAAACCAACCAAUCAACCCUUUGAGUCGGCUUUCGCAGCUUUCAAGUGCAAGUUGUUUAACAGCUAUUCUAUAGAUUUUAUUGAUUUGAUUUAUUUGUCCUUCAAAAGAAAAGUGAUUUGGCAAUCAGAAUUUUCAAAUUUGUAGCAACCCUGAAAACCGGCAAAUGAACGUUAUCAAAACAUCACCUUUCUUCAACAGGGGUGUUACUUGCAUACAUAAUGAAUCCGAGUGUUAACCGAAAGUUGUUUGAAAUUCACAGCUACGAAUUUACUACACAACUGCGAUUUAUUUCAGCGUAAGUUGAUGAUAAGUUUUCAAAAAUCAAACAUCUGCUUUCUUUUUGUACAAGAAAAAUGCUUGCAAUGCUGGUAAAAAAUUCAGUUCAGGUCAGUUUAAACGUAGAACCUCAAGAAGUAGAUCUCGACUUUUAGUUUUCCCACAGCGACAAAGAAAUCAGUUGAAAGCACUUCAUGGACUUUUGUUUUCAUUUUUUACUAUCAUCUCUUACGAGAUAAAUACACGUUUCAAAUUGCAAUUGUAAAAGUUUUUUCUGAAAGGAAAGGGCGGUGUCGAUACAUCAAGUACCUAGAAACUAGAAUGAGUUACAUAGCUAUGUACUUAGUUCGGUCACAUCUCCUUGCAGAACAACGUCAGCAUUAAAACACACCGAACUUUGGAGGAAAGAUGUAAGGCGGCACAGAUGAUGAUUGACUCCACUGCAUUUCAAUGCCCUGUUGUGGUGGACAACAUGCAAGACACAGCAAACAAGGCGUAUGCUGGAAUGCCGAUCAGAUUGUAUAUCUUAAAAGGGCGGGAAGUGGAAUACGCUGGCGGAAUCGGACCUACGUUUUACCGUCUGGACGAAGUGACAGAAUGGUUGCAGCGGAACAAAAUGGCUUUGCUUCGAAAUAACAGGCAUAGAGCUUAAUUCCAUAACGCUAUGUCACUUCCGUUGAGGAAAAAAAGAACAGACAACUAGUGACUGUCUUGUACAAUCACUAGGCGGUGUUUUCUAUUUAGUUGUAGAGGGUAGAGGACAACUUCACGCAAAAAGUGAACACUUUUAAGACUGUAAAUAAUUUUUAUUUGUUAGGUUUCAUAUUUUACAAGUCAGACCAUGAGUAGUAUUUACAUUGCUUGUGGCGGUCGUAUACUCUCGGCUUGAAGUGGGUACAGAAGAACGUUGAGUGACCACUCGAACGAUACUUAUACUAAGUAGCCUAGUUUUCAGAAGAAAUUUCUUCUCUAAUCAGUCUUAUUUCUUUUCUAUAAACUUUCCAAUCUUCUUUUCUCAAUACCAUAGAAAAGUAAUGGUUAGACAAGUCAGACUAAUAAGGAAUUUUCGUUUAAAUUCCCAACAAAAAGCGACCGAAUCACAGGCAUUCCAAUCGCGUACAUGCAACUGCCAAAAAUGGAGGUGCAGAUUUUGAAGUCGAUUAAGUAGAACAAAACAAGCAUCAAUGAAAAUACCCUAUAGAUCCGUAUUAAGGUUAAACUCAAGAACAUAUUUUAAUCGUUUUUGUAUAUAAUUUGAAAAUUCCGGGGAAAUAUACCUCACAUUGAGGUUUCUGUUAUGUUGUUUGAAUGAUCAAACGUGGGAGUCAUCAUGAUCAAGUUGCCGGUAUCAACUGUUUCAAUGUAAGGACAUCACGUCCAUAACCUCAAGGGCAUUCAAUUAAUUUGUUGCAAACAAUGGCCAAAUAAAAAUGAAAUAAUUGUUAGGUGUUUGUUUUAGCACACGAUAUUAGCCAUUUGGAUAGUCUAGUGAUGUCCCGACUAUUUCUCAAUUUGGAUUUCACGAAAGUUCCAAUGAAUGCGCCUUUUUGUAUUAUAUUGUAAAACUUCGCUUUCGUCAUUUUACAUUUAUUUGUGUAACUUAGUUACAAAGUAGGUUCUAAUGUCUAGAAAUCAGGAUUGUAAAAUAGGUUCAGAAUAGAAGUAUAUUAGUUACGUUUCGAAAUUUAACUUGAAAUAAAUUUGGAUAAACGGUUAGUACAUGGAACUGUUUUUUUUUCUUAAGGUGGUCGAUAAACGGCUAUUCGGUUUGGUUUCAGAGGCAGAUGGCACCAUACACAUUCUCAUCAUUUCUAAAUAAACCGGGUUAAUUAUUGGCCCCUGGGCUAAUGUAAAUGAUACCGUUAUAGACACUGACAUCAACCAUUUUACACGAAAAAAAUGGCUUCGGGACAAUAUUAAUAGGAAAAGUGGCUCGGAAAAGUUCUGUCGUGACUGUUGAAAAAUCUUAAUGGGCAUUUAUUUUAAGUGUUCUGUUUCAAAACUUGUAAACAUCGAGCCAGUUAUGACGUGAAUUCGCUCACAUGCGUCACUCAAUAGUCAAGUAAGAGCAAAGGAAUUCACCCUCUAGAAAAUUUGGUAACUUUCAAAAACUCAGGUUUUUUUCACGCAAAGCUCUGUCUGCUGUUUGUUUGAGGUUUUCCCCUAUAACGUCUGAGAUAACGCGUGACUCGGACUAGGACUGUGUGUAGGGCUAAAUAAACAAAAGAGAUGGGCUAAAGAAAGAUUAGCAAUCUCAAAUCAUCUAAGCAUGUCCUGGCCUUGUACUUAAGUAGUCAAAGUGAACUAAGAUACUUGAGCUUAAGAGAGUUUAUGUACAUCCCCGGCACGUGAGACUUGACCGCGAUAAUGGCUCUCCAAUUCUGAGAAGAGUCAAUCAAGAAACACUUUCAACGUGACUAUGUUAGACUGACAACUAAGGAGCAGUAUCAAAACCUUUUUUCAGUAAAAAAAAAGAAACAUAAACAAUUAAAUUAGAUCAAAAUUCUUCAAAUUUUACACGUUGAAUGAGGAGGAGAAAGAAUGCGAAGUCCUUUUUGUGCCCUGUCUGUCGAUUUGGCUCACAAUGAAUCAUUUCUACUUACUUUCAAUGACAAUCGCGUGAUGUUCUAUGUUUUUCGUUGCGUUUAUGCUAGGUAUUGAAAUUCCCACCACUUAUCCAGGAACGGAAAUUUUCCUGAGUGCAAAGUUGAUAGUGUUCACAUUUUUACGUUACCUCGGCUGUAAGAACUGACAAAGGGUUAAGCCUCCUCGAUAAAGUGUUUGUUUGUCUUGAUCACAAAAAUAUCAAUUUGUAAAUGCGUCAAUAACAAUUGAACCAAAAAAAAAAAAGAAAAAAGGAUCGUUGCUCUCAGUUUGAAUUUGUCAGCAACCUUAAAAAGACUGAAGCAAAACAGGUUAUUUUGUUUUCAUCAUCUUUUGCUGUGUCAUGUCAACCUCGCGUGAUGAACUGUGCUGGAAGCACGUCAAACGGUAGAAGUCACGCGAACUUUCAAUGUCUAAACUCCUCGGGCAAACCUUGUUUUGAAUUUGCAAUCACUAGAGCAAAAGGUUAUUGUUACACAGCAUAUUUUUUGCACUCUCUGCAUUGCUAGAAAGUUUCUGUUUUUUAAAAUAUUCUAUCAAUUUCAUACAUUCAUUGAAAAAGAUGACAGAGAAACUGCAUUAGCAAAAAAAGCGACCAUCGAAUACCUCUUACUUUAAAGGUCGCACUUAAAAAUUUUAUCCACAAGGUCAACCGCUGAAACAUGAUAAAUUCUGAGAGAAAAGCCAGUGGGUGGAAAUGGUUUUUAAACAUUGAGUUGUAAAUGGACAGGAUUUUCUUCACUUAUUUAACUCUAAAUUUUUAUCCUAGCAAUGAAUACUCGGAGGUCGAUAGGCCGUAACAUAUACUUUGCGUUUCCCUGUGAUUAGGGUCACCCCAACCGGACCGGCACUAAGUUACCACUCAUAUUUUGAACAACAACACUUCAGACGAUCUUAGAAUAACAUCAGUGAGCGCACGCUAUGGAUGUCUUCACGUUUUGCCAGGUAUGGCUAUAAUCAGUUGCACGAAAGUCGUCUAGUGCUCGGCUUGUCGGUACUUAACGUUAAUCGCAAGGGCAAUCACUGACUAUUGUGAGGAAUUUAAAAAACCAAAUGGUUCUAUUUAGUAAUUAGUGAUAAUUUAGUAAUGUCGUAUUGGUCUAAUUCAAAACGUGCGUACAGUCACAUUUAUUGAGCUGUGAGCUUUCUUUCAAAUGCGUCCUUUUUGCGAAGGGGAGUUUUCCGGCUGACUUUUCAAGUAGUUUCUGUGCUGUAGCAUUCUCUGCCUUUAAAGAGAAGGACAAGCACAUUAAAUUUCUUUGUUUUGAAGACCAAACUAAUAGUAUUGAAGCUUACAUAUAAAUUGGUCAUAUGCACCUUGCAUCUAACCGCGCGCGUUUUUCUCUUCACCUUGCCGAUUUUAAGGGGAGGGGGGGAGGAGGUGUUGGGUUCAAAGUAGGCAGAAUAGGUCGAGUGGCUGCUAAAUUCUUAUACAUCCUUAUAACCUAAAUUACGUUUUACAUAUUGAAAAUGUGUGAAUUGGCUUCCUUAAUUUAAGAAAAAGCUAAUUCAAAGAGUUCAAAAGGCCGAAAUCGUCUGUUAUAAGCGGGCCACAUACGGUGCAGGGAAAAGUAAAAAUACAUUUUGAAGGUGAACUUAAUUAACUUAGAAUAUGUCCUCUUUUAAUUAAAUGUUUAUUUGUACCUUUAACCUAAUCCUAAAAGACAGUUGUAAGACUAUUUACACAACUUAGAAGAGCAAAAGUAAGUAUGACUUAAUAUUUGUACUGAAGAAUUGUAGAGAUGAAAAUUAUGUUUUGAAAACUGUUGCAAAAGCAAACGGCUAAAUGCAUUAUUUCCACUGCUAGAUUAAGGUGUUCAAAGAGGUGGUCGCUCUUCAAAACUAGUGACAGGAACUCAAAUGGACAUAGAGAGUGAGAAAAUAGGAUAGCAGUGCUUGACUUCAAGGAAAGAGGCUUAAAAACGUUAGACAGCUAUUCCGUGAUGCGUCAAGUUUCCAGAAAAAACGGAGGUCACAUUCGGAAACAAAAAACACAGAAGGAAAUAAGACCAUCGAUAAAUCAUAUGCUCUCACGCACGCAGAGAAAACACAAAAGUGAAUUGUUCACAAAUUUCACCCAACCUUGCUUUGUGACUUUAAGGGCAGCACGUAAAUAAAAAAAGCCGAAUAACAAGAAAAAAUGGAUUCGUGCGCACCCUUGGACCCAUAUUUUCUCAACACCUGCUUUGACAAAUCACGCGAGAGUUCAUGUGAAAGGUCAGGCAUUUGGAAAGUGUUUUGAAGAGAGUACAGGAAUUAUUGAAAUUCCUUUUUUACGCAGCGAUAUAAAUCCGCACAGAGCCGAGUCUAGCACAGAUGGCGAAGUAGUGUAUCAGUAGCAGCCACAGGUACGAUUGCAGAGAACAAGAUGCGAAUUCACGCCGCGAUGUUGCGACAGAUGACAGCCGUGAUGUCUUAUUGCGCGGGAACGGUGUUACUGCUUUUCGCGUUUUUGUGCCUCCGUGUUCUACGCCUUCUUCCUUGGGGCAAAUCAACCUGGGCCAAACUUUGGAAAAUAGCAACAACAAUCGACCUACCUAUGGCAGACUACUGGAAUUCACUGUUCACAUGGCACAUGUUUCAAUCUGUGCGUGCUGCAAUUUUGUGCGAACUGCAAAAAUCUGCGCGGUUGGGACAGCGCGCUCCGAAUCCCUCUGUAGUUACGUUAGACGGGACUUCACAUCCUCAUUUGCUGAACUUUUGCAGGGGAAACCGCCCACUCGUGCUAAAUUUUGGCAGUUGGUCAUGUCCUGUUUUUAGAGCGAGAACACAAGAGUUUCUCAGUAUUGUGCGCCAAUUCCGUGAUGUGGUUGACUUCCUCACUGUGUACAUAGAGGAGGCGCAUCCUUCUAAUGGAUGGGCGUUUGAGGUAAGCACAAAAAUCCCUCUUAAACUUUUUCCUUUCUCCAAGCGAAAGUAAAAGCUUUAACCGCGCAAAAGUGUUUGUAUAACUGACAAGUUUCGGUAAGACAAUUUAUAUCGCGAGAGAGGCGCUUGAAAUUUUUCUGCUCAUGCCUAUGUACAUAUCAAUAGCUUCCUCAUAUGCAAGGAUAGAAAUUAACGCAUUCGUUUAUCUUCCUUUCUAGAACAAUGUUGUAAUUCCCGCCCAUGAAACAUUGGGACAAAGAUGUCAGGCAGCGCGACUCAUGUUGAGUUCAGUAAAAUUUGAUUGUCCCGUUGUAGUGGACACAAUGGACGAUGAGGCAAGUAAGGCUUACGGAGGCCUGCCGAUCCGAUUGUAUAUUAUAAAAAAUAAUAAAAUAGAACUCGCUGGUGGGAUGGGGCCAACGUUUUACGCCCCAAAAGAGGUGGAACAGUGGCUAAAGGAUUAUAGGGCAGAAAUUAUUAGAAGUGGCCGCCACAGGGCAUGAAGCUGAAGACAACUGGCGAAGUACCCUCUUGUGUGCUAACAAGAGCUUUAUCAGUUAACGACUUGGCUGCUAUCCCAUACAGAACGUCAAAGAAGAAGAACCACCAUAUUACAUUGUUAAACAUGCAGCUUAUAUUAAGCAAAGACCUCCUUCACUGAAGACAUGCAUCCGAUGUAUGUUAGCAAUGACUAUAACCAACGAUUUACUCCGGUUCAUACCUUCCGGCAAAGUAACAUAGAAACUCGAUUAGUAUGAAGUUACCAGAGCCGGAAAUUUUACACAACCAGAGAACAUAGUAAGCUAGCAAGAAAAUCUUUGUUCAUACAAAGCCCGAGAGUAUUUCAAAAAUAUUUCUUUUCGCAUUUAAGGUUGGAUAACAAUGUUUUUAAUUUCUAGCCAGAUUUUGCACUUUGAAAAACAAAGUGGUUAUUUUCCGUGUCCCUGUGUUUUGGCAGGGCGUUCGUAGCCCGGUUUGUUUGCUUAGCAGAUGAUCAAGCAAAGCGAGAGUUGUGGUCAGAUAUCUGCAGAAAUAACGUCUUAGCUAGUCGCGUCAACUUUAAUUCGCAGCUCAGAGAUGUAAAUACUAGUUGAUUAAAAAAUGUCUUUACACAUUUUUGUCUUCUUUUGGGAUCAAUGGUUAGCUGUUUGUAAUUAAGGAUUGAACUUAAGUAAAUAAGCGCGUGUCAGCCCUUUAUAGUUUGUUAACAUGUUAAAUCAUAUUUUUUGUAGAGUUCACACUUUUUAUGGCCAAAAAUUCAGAGAAAAUAUUCAAGGAUUCAAUUUCAGCAUGGCGCGAAAGUUAUUCUCGUAUUUUCUUAUGGGAAUUAGGAUUUCUGUUUGGAGAGUUUAUAAAAACGCCUUUAUUCGCACUGUUAGUUCUGGUAGAUCAAGUGAGUUUGCGUGCAUUGGUUAAAGGUACAUGUUGACUUUCCCGCCCCCUGUAGGCUAAGUCAACGGGAAGUCGGACGACCGAAGUGUCUCAAAGCGUAUUGACUUGUUGUAUCGUUAUUAAAUCCUCGG